ACUUUACCUUGGAAAUCUUACAUGAAUAUGUCUGGGUGAUGUUAUCUUGAUUCCUCUUUCCCAGACAAGUUGAAUUUGGAAGUCUCCUGAGAAAUUGCCAGUUACCCCAACUUUCAGCAAGCACCACCCUAAUCAGUCAGCAGCCAUCAACAUUGAGGCAAGACCCUGCACCAGCAAAAAAAGAUCAUGACUCCCUAAAGACUCAGAGCUACAACCCUUGGAUAUGGAGCCUACUUGUAUGUGGAUGCUGGUGGCUGGGAUUCUGGCUGUUGUCCACUGUCAGCCUCUUCCUGACUGUAAGGGAAAUAAUAAGACAGAGAUCUACUUACAGGAUGAAACUCACUCAGAAACAUCCCUACUAUGCCAUAAAAUCUCCACUGGCAAUACCAUUUUUGCCCUACGCUUAUACAAGGAACUAACUUCGGCAGCCCCCAGGGACAACAUUUUCUUCUCCCCCGUGAGCAUCUCCAUGGCUCUGGCCAUGUUGUCCCUUGGGACACAAGCUACAGUUCAAACUCAGAUCCUAGAGGCAUUGGGCUUCAACCUCACAGAGACACCUGAGUCUGAGAUCUACAAGAGUUUCCAGCAUCUCAUCCAUAAGCUAAACCUGAGUAGCAAAAAACAUGAACUGAAGAUAGGAAGUUUCAUGACCCUGGAUAAGCAGUUAAAACCACUUCAUGAAUGGCAUAGCAUCAAGGAGUUGUAUGAAGCCAAAACACUUUCCAUCAACUUCACUAAUUUUUUCUCGACUAGGAGACAGAUUAACAAAUACAUAGAGAACCAAACCUAUGGGAAAAUUAGAGAAUUUCUUCAAGAUUUCAAUCAGGACACUGUAAUGGUGCUUGUGAAUUCUAUAUUUUUUAAAGCCAAAUGGAUGCACCCUUUCAAACACUAUUGGAUUAAGAAGCCUCAGAGUUCUUCUGUAGGUGAGAAGAUCAUUAGGCCCUCUAUGAUGCACCAGAAGGCACAGCACCGGUUUUUGUAUGAUAAGGAGUUGGCCUGCAUUGUACUCCAAAUGGAAUACAUUGAAGACGUCCUCAUCCUUCUCAUUCUGCCGGAUGAAGGGAAAACGAGACAAGUGGAAGAUUCUCUGAAGCCAGAGACCCUGAAGAAAUGGAACAAAUUACUAUUGCCCAGUCUACUAAAUUUACAUCUGCCAAAGUUUUCAAUUUCUGGGGCAUACAGCCUGGAAAAAAUACUUCCCAAAAUGGGUUUUUCCAGCAUAUUCACUCCAGAAGUCAAUCUAUCCAACAUCACUGAACAACCACACAUGGCAAUCUCAAAGUUGCUACAUCAAGUUACAGUGGACAUGAAUGAGAAAGGCACCAAGGCUGCAGCCACCUCCACCUUCCUAUCCCAGCCCGAGACCCUGAGCCAAGCAUCCCCACUGACUGUUCAUUUUGACAGGCCCUUCCUGCUGCUGAUUUGGGAAGUGUCUGCCCAGAGUUUGCUUUUCCUUGGAAAAAUUAUAACCCCAACUGCAAGUUAACUUUGGUAAGAGAAUGGGAGCCAUUUUCAGAAAAGUUGCUGGGUUUUUUGUUUUGGUUUUUUUUUUUCAUCUCUGGUUUUCUUGCAUGAUGGAGGCAGCAGUGAAAUAUCUCAAUAGUGAAUAGUAUCAACAACAGUAGUAAUAAAAAUUAUUUGGAUGUUUUAUGGACAUAAAGUAUAUCUUCUUGUGGUCUGAUGGCCAUGUACACUGUUUAUGCCCCUUCCUCUGCCCAUCCUAGAACCACUCACUUUAUAAUUUCUCAUUCAUUCAUUCCUCCAUGCUCCUACAACAGUGACUGCCUUGUAAUUCUUGUUGAUUGAUUGAUCAGCCAUUAUUAUAAGAUCAUAAAUAUAAAACUAAAAGAUGCCUUAAAACCACCUAGUGAUGGAAUCAUAGCUUUUGAGAGUUGGAACGGACCUCCAUGGCCAUCUAUUCCAACCCACACCCAAAAAGGAAUGCCCACUAUAAAAUCUUCCUCUUUGCAAAUUCCAUUCACUGUUUCUGAUUUUGCCCCAGGGGGCCAAACAAAAAGAAAUAAAAUCUU